GGUUCACAUAAUCCAUACAGACGAUUUCAUUCGAACGAAUUCGCUAAUUUCUUCGAUCUUCUUCAGCGAUUCGAAGACUAUAGAUACAGCGCAACAAUAUAUAUAGCAGCAAUCAUGUAUCAUCCGUCCAGAGGUGGUGUUCGUGGCGGUCGAGAUCAGUUUAGCUGGGACGAUGUGAAGGUUGAUAAAUAUAGAGAAAACUAUAUUGGUCACAGUCUCAAGGCUCCUGUAGGGAGAUGGCAGAAAGGGAAGGAUUUACACUGGUACGCUAGAGACAAAAAAGCGAACCAGGCGGAUAUGGAUGCUGCUAAAGAAGAAAUAAGAAGGAUCAAGGAAGAGGAAGAACAGGCUAUGCGGGAAGCUUUGGGUUUAGCUCCUAAACGUUCUACAAAACCUCAAACGAAUAGACUCGAUAAACACGAGUUUUCCGAACUCGUGAAACGCGGCUCCACCGCAGAAGACUUAGGGGCCGGACAUGCUGAGGCCGCUCAUGUUCAAGGUCUCGGUUUCGCUAAGGCGCCUAAAGCGUGGGAAGGACCGAGUUCGAGUUCUCUACCACCCACUGUAACUAUGACGUCGGAAGUACCUAAAAACACAAAUGUACCUGUAGUAGAUGCGAAGGAAGACUCAGAAGAUGAAAAUACGCGAAAGAAAAGAAGGCGGGAAGAGAAAAAACAAGAGAAACAUGAAAGACGAGAUGAACGUAAACAUGAACGAAGAGAGAAAAGGCACCAUGAUCGUGACUCGGAUGACAAGAGGAGGCAUAAAAAAGACAAGGGUAAAAGAAGACAUGAUUCUGACUGAUGUUUUAUUGUUGAAAUGUCGCUUCACAUGUGAUUGAUUUUAAUCGGUCUUAAGUUGAACGGGUUGUGUUUUACGGUCUGUAUGCAUAUUUCUAUCUUGUGGCACUACUCCCUAUUAACAAUGCUACCAUAGUUGUUCACAGUCUGGCUUUAAUCGGUCGUAAGUUGAACGGGGUGUGUUUUACGGUCUGUAUGAAUAUUUUUAUCUCGAUUUCGCCACUCGUUUUACAAUGUUGUCACCUCUACUUUGACAUAAA